CAAGAAAAAAUGGAGGCCGUGACAUUUGCGAUUUAAAAAUAGUAAAAAUGAGCUUGAAAAAUACAGGAAACGUGCCAUCUACGAGCGCCAGGGAGGGAGCGUAGCUCGGAGGGCAUUUCUGCUACGAAAUUUGCGGAGAAUAUGGCAAAAGGACGCCGUAAAGGCCGGAGCGAGGCCAAGGGCAAGCGAGGAAAAGCGGCCAAGAGCGGGCAAAAUGGCGAUGCGACGAAUUCUGUCGCGGAUACGGCGGGUUCAAGCGCCUCGAGGAAUAUCAAAACACGCAACCAAGGAAAAGCACAGCCGUAUAAAUACCAGUGUAUGAUUCAAAGCUCGUCUGAUUCUGAGGGCGAUGAUUCUGAUUAUAGUGCUGAAUCUGGCUGUAGUCGGAAUACAGAGGUGAGCCACAUAUCUAAUGAAAGCUACUACCAGAACUGUCGUGUUAAAACGUUUGAUUUUAUCGAGCUUCCCGAAGUCAAAGACCUAGCACUGCCUCCAUCCUCUGAUGACCUUCUAAUUCCAAACAAACAUGUUAUGAACGCUCUUGGAGUUUAUGAAGUUUUAAGACAUUUUGGAAGAAUUCUCAGGCUGUCCCCUUUCAGGUUAGAGGAUUUUGCCGCAGCGCUGAUUGCAAAUGAAAAGUCGGUACUCAUGGAUCAGAUCCACCUUAAUCUCAUUAGAGCUAUAAUUACAGAGGAUGAAUCAAACGCCUACAGUUUUGCGGCACAUGAUGAGAAAGAAAGUAUCAAUUUGUUUUUAUAUUUCCUUGAUACAUUCACAUGGCCUGAGGUUGUGCGGAGUUAUGUGAAAGCCAACUCGGAAUUUGGAAAUACUGGCUUGUGUAUUAAUGGUGGUGAUUACCCAUUAGUCUCGGUUGAGAAAAAGCUCGAGGUUUUACGCAAGUUGACCGAACAGUUUCUAUCAUCAAAUGCGGUUAGAGAAGAUAUCCUCAACGAGGGUAUGUUCCAAUCUGAGGAUCAUUGCCGGAACUGCUCUAAGAUGGGUGAUCUGCUUUGUUGUGAAUCAUGUCCGGCUGUGUUUCACCUUCAUUGUCUUAAACCGCCCUUGGAAGAGGUUCCGCAAGGUGAUUGGCUGUGUCCUCUGUGUACGGUUGACCGAGUACAAGGUGUUACGGACUGCGACUUUCCAGGCGAUGUGAUGAAGAGUUACAGAAAUUCACCAAUAGGCGUUGAUAGAAUUGGAAGGAAGUACUGGUUCUUGACUAGAAGGAUCUUUGUAGAGGGGGGAAAUGAGACAUAUUACUACAGCACUCCAUCGCAAUUGGACGAAUUGUUACAUUACCUUGAGCGCGAUGGUGAUGAGAGUAGAUUGGUGGCUGGAAUUAAAGGUUGGUACGAUGAGAUCAUUCUUCACAUGGGAAUCACCAAAGAACUUACAGACAACUUCAAAGAAGAUAAAAAAUCUGCUUUAGAUGAAGAUCUGAGAUUUCAUGCGAAAUCUGAACCCAAGACUGGAACAGUUAUAUUUGAUGAAAAAGGUAUUCCAAAGUUUAACCUGGUGCCAAAAUUGAAUUUCAUAUCCGAUGAUUCGGUGAAAGAGAAGAUAAUUUCUUGGCAAGAAACGUUGGCAGAAACAACUCCUGCGUUAGCAAAGGAUGCCUCGAAUACACCUGUGGAUGGGGACUCGAAGGAUGGCAAGUGUGAUGCUGAAAAGAGCUGUGCUGUGGAUACUGCUGAUAGUGAAAAUUCACAAGGCAAAUCUUCCGUGGAAGACAUGAAAAAACCAAAAGCAGAAAUCAAGAAAACGGCUGCUCCUGAAGUGAACAGCAAAAUAGCUGCAAAUCCUCGAAAACAGCCUCCAACUCAGAGAAACCUAACGAUACUAAAGAACAGGCUCAAGAUGUUUCAAACAGUAACUCUGCUAGCUUGCUAUCCAAGAGCACUUCAGGUGAAAACGCAACGGAUGUUUCGAAAGGCUGAUUUGUCUGGGGGUAAACAAAGUACAAAAGAGAAGAAGACCACUGGAAUUUCUAAGGAUGGCCCAGUAGAGGAUGCCAGCGAAGCAUCCACUAAAACACUUGAGAAUCCAGUUAAAACAAACUCUGAUAACCUUAAAACGAAAGCGUCAGUCGCAUCCUCCGGGCAAACUGUGUCAACUCCUGGUCAAAGUUCAACAGCCUCAAAAUCUGAAAACAGUAAAAUUGGAACCACAUCCGCGAAAACUUCCAAAGUUCAAACAGUCACUUUGGUGGGGUGUACAAAACCUACCACUCCUGUUUCCACGGCGGGCAAAGUUCAAGCCAAUUCGGUUUCGAAUCAAAGCAACGCAUCUGGCACGGUUAAAAUUGUCGGGCAUAAUGGCUUACCAACGGCGACAGGCAGUGCUUCCAGCGUCACGAUAGGUAUGAACAAAUCUGUGGGCAUUAAGAUCCAAGAAGUUAAGAAAGAACGGCCGCUGUUUAAGCUGGGGAUGGAGAAGACCUACGAACAGUACGUUAAUCAAUUCUCCAGCAACAUUCUCGCGAAGAACAAGCAGCAAGCGCAAGAGGAACGAGAUCGCAAACGAGGGAUAUCCACCAAGUUCAAUUUAGCUGAAUACAACUACACCGGGUCCAUCAUUGGUGGUCUUGAGAGGAUCUUGCUUACCUUAAGAUGUUCCAUAGUCACGCUGGAGACCUCCAUACCUACGGCGUUUAUGCAUCCGAUGUGGCCCGUACAGCGUUCGACCUGGGUCAAAGCCGUUCACAUGAGUCGCACAGCUGCCGAGUUCGCGUCCGUUUUGACCUUUUUUGAAAGUUUCAUCAAGCCGGUCGUGAUGCGGAGUGUUUGCAACGACGCCGUUGGACAUCUUGAGUUCUUUAGAAAUUUAACGGAGUCGAAAACAGGAGCAUUGAAGAAACCGGUGAAAGAAGAGGAGGAUGAUGUGAAGAAGAUAGAAAGUUCCCAUGGUCCCAAGUACUACUCCUGGCUACCGAACCACCAAAUUUGGAAACACAGGGGGGAGGAGUAUCGAAUCUACGGUGGUGGGGGAUGGGAGUGGGUCAGUCAAAACCGCAAGCGGAAGCUUCUCGAUCCUAUUACGAAGGACGAACGAGCUGCAAAAAUCGCGAAGUUUGAGAAAACCUUCGACAAGGCUUUGAAACGAAAGCUGGUUAAGAAACAUAAAAUUGUGUUGGAGGCCAAGAAAGUGAAGUCAUCAAAGGCAGGAGAUGUGCAGGCAAGCAGCACGAGCCAAACACGUGUCGGCAGCACCGUGAGCACGGCGAAAGCACGUGGUGGCGUCAUGGUAAAUGCAAAUCAGAUUGGAGUCAGUGGUAGUAGUGCUCAGCCUGGAAGGACACAGACCACAGCUAGUACUACAGUUGCAACAUCAGUUAGUACAGCUGUAACCUCUGGUAGUGUAACGUCUACAGUUGUAACCUCUCCUCCAUCUGCUACCAGCGUUUCAUCAGCAGGACAGUCACUCAGCAGUGCCCCAACACAAACACAGACUGUGACUGGUAUUUCCACUGUAGGGUCGGUCACCAGUUCCAGGUCCCUCUUCCGAUCCUUACCAAGUGGACUGAGACACCCAAUUACAAAAAAACACACGCCAACGUCGAUGUCUAUUUCUCAAGGAACCGCAGCUGUAACGAGCACUCCAGUCACAUCUGCAACUGCACAGGUGCAAUCAAAUAUGCUCCCACCUGCUACAUCCACCCCACCUCCUAUUUCAACUACACUGCAGUCCACCUCUUCAGAAUCCUCCACAACUGUCAACCCACCAGUCCAAGUCUCAAACCCACCUAUACCCAGCACAACUGUAUCAGCUACAACAACAAAUACCUCAACAGAAAGUUCAAGUAAUCCACCUGCAACCAUUGAUGGUGAUGCUCCAGUGUCUACAGCGUCAAGAGAUGUCAAUCAAACGACAACCCCAACUGAUCAUUUGGUGCUCUCUAGUCAAGGAUCAACCAGUGACCAACUAUCUAGAAACCAGCCAACCAGUGACCAGCCAACCAAUGACCAGCCAGCCAGUAACCAACCAACCAGUGAUCAGCCAACCGAUGACCAGCCAGCCAGUAACCAACCAACCAGUGACCAACCAACCAGUGGCCAACCAACCAGUGGCCAACCAACCAGUGGCCAACCAACCAGUGGCCAACCAACCAGUGGCCAACCAACCAGUGACCAACCAACCAGUGACCAACCAACCAGUGACCAACCAACCAGUAGCCAGCCAUCCAGUAACCAACCACCCAGUGACCAACCAACCAGUGGCCAACCAACGAGUGGCCAACCAACCAGUGACCAACCUACCAGUGACCAACCAACCAGUAGCCAGCCAUCCAGUAAUCAACCAACCAGUGACCAACCAACCAGUGGCCAACCAACCAGUAGCCAGCCAGUUAGUGACCAGCCAACCAGUGACCAGCCUACAAGUAACCAACCAGUACUCUCAUCAGUCACCAAUGUACCGAUAGUUUCAAAUACAGACACUGUCUCUUCCUCCACAAGAACCUCCCUCAACUCCACUGUAUCUUCAACUUACUGUACUCUUCCACCAGUCUCGUCCACACUACCAGCGAUGAUCUUUGACGAGUCUGUAGAACCAAACAAAUCUGCUGUCAAUAACAGCAGCAGUGUGACUAUGCAGUGUGGGAAUACAGAACAAACCGCUGGUAAAAUUCUUGGUGAUUUAACCAGUAAUUGCACCCCCAGUGGUUCCAAAAGUGAUGGUUGUUCUGGUCAAAUUGAUGGUACAGAUCCUGGCAGCUCUGCUGGAGAGAAGUCUUUGUCUGGUACAGACAACAAUGAUGGUAGCGGGAAUGAGACAGAAACACCAAAUCACAUCGAGUCAGAACUGUCGAAUACAAAACGCGAUCUUCCCAUAGGCAAUGAAGUGGUUGCCAGUGCAAAUGAAAAAAUGGACGUAGAUGUGAUCGACACUGUGGAUACUAAAGAAGACUCUUCUAAGAUGGAAUCUGACGUCAACGUAGUUGAAAACGAUUCACAGAAAGAGAAAGAGAUUGCUGAUCCAUGCGAUAACAAAGAUGAGACCUCGUCGUGUUCCAAGAACGAUACGAACUCUGAUUCAUCACAGGGAACUGCGGGAAAAGACCCUGCAGUUGUGGAGAAGAUGGAAGUCGAUGAUCCCAAGGAACAACUUAAUGAAGUAAAUAAAGAUGCGUCAUCAACCAGUGAAAAUACAAGUGGUACUAAAGAGGAGGUCCCGAUGUCUUUUGCUGAUCCCAGAAUUGGUAAACAACAGAAAGAAAGCACAGUAUCAAUGCCAUCAAGUGAAGUCGUCAAAUCCACUUCAACCACAACUCAAGUCUCUACAACCGUAUCGCUGGUAUCCGCUACCAAAUCUGUAGCCCCCGCAUCUCAAAACUCUACCACUAAGACACCCUCGUCACAAGCGGUCGCAACUAAAGCUCCCGCUAACUCAUCUCAACCUGCCGCGUCCCAGGCAUCCGUAACGCAGAUAUCCGCAGCUCCGUCGCAAGCUUCCGCAUCACAGACAACCACAACCGCGUCUUUACCGAGUUCAGUGAGUACGGUCAGGAUUGAGACGUCAGGAAUUGGACUAAACAGUCUCACACCGGAGAAGGUCCUGAAAUUUAUCGCAGAUGAGUUGAUGAAAGAAUCAGACGCGGGUAAAGCUCUUUUGACCGGCGUCGCUGCUUCCAUCUCCACCUCCGAAGGAAAGGUGAUUAUAAAACCAGAACCUGCUACAACCAGUGUGACAGGUAUAAAGUCCUCAACAGAACCUGUCAGACCGGUUGCCGUGAUGCAAAGUGGGCAGAUUUCGUCGCCAGUUCGCCUGAUACUACAAACAGUCCCUGGUCAUCCAGUCAUACCAGGGGUGUUGAAAAACACCCAGGUUGUUCACACCGGGGUAAGCCAAGGGAAGCCCCUCACCCCUAUUGCUCCCGCGCAACGGAUCGUAAUCAGCAACCUUCCAAGCGGAACCGUCCUAGGAUCACAAGGUCAGGUCCUAGCCUCGCCCAAUCUAUCAGGAACAAAGGUAAUACGAAUGACAUUUCCACGCGGAAAGGGAUCACCAUCUGUAGUAAGUUCAUCGAAAGUUACCACCGUUAGUAAAGCUGUACCAGCAAGUACUGUUACCAGUAAAACCGCGGUGACACCCAAGAGUACCACUACUCCUUCUCAAACCACAAGCACUCCAGCCAAGCCUGCCAUGGAGAACUUCCCAAUGCGACACGCCGUUAUUAAGGAUCCCAAAGUCCUAAUAAACCUAAGCUUGAGGAAAUGGAAAAGACGAUGUAGUAGAAAAAGUGUGUUUGUUUUGGACAAGAAUAUGGUUCGAGCCUUGGCUCGGCGUGGCGGCCUUAAAGAAGUCCAAGGUUUUCAUUAUAGCACGAAGUGGAACAGCCUCAAUUAUCCCCAGGACUUUCCUCGUCCCUCGCUCAUGACCGCGUGGAGAUACCGAACGCAGAGCAUACGCACCUUAGCAGCAGCGGCUAUUCAAACCCGGAUACUUAAUGCAAGCAUGAAGUGGGAUGAAAUGAAUAUUCGACCUCCUCGGGGAAGCAGCAAUACACUCAAGACAAGCUCAGGAACGAUAACGACGGAAAUCACAGAUCGUAAAUUCAUGAGUAACGAUGGUUUACGUGUGCAGUACCGUGUCCGAAAGACGAUCAGGACCCUGAGUGCGCCCUCCAGUAUUGUGAAACCCCCACCCGCCCCGACCCACACGAAAAGUGGUCGCGAGCUGAGACCUAAAGUACAGUCCUUGUAUACGUACGAGACCGAACCAGACGCACCCCUGGUACCCAAAGUCAUUGAAGCCUGGUGUGCUGAAGAAAAGCUCGAGUUAUGGGAAGUGCGACAAUACUGCGAGAAAAUCGAACGAGAAAGAGCCUUGAUUCGCGAGAAACAGCUCCAGGAGGAAUACGCGAAGAAACAGUUUGAAAUGAAGGCUGAUUUAGUGAGAAGAACUCAGCUACAGAUACAGCAACAACAGCAGCUCAUGCGAGAGAAACGCAAGCUGCAAAAGGCGGGAAAACUUGAUGUCAAACCAAGCGUCACAGUGUCCAGUCCUCUUGUGAAGUUCCCGCAACAGGCCACGCAGAGAGUGCUGUUUCCAAGACCUCAGGCCAACCCUCGGGUGACACCAGGAACCAAUGAAAUUCUGGCCAAUCUUCAAAGGACAGAAAACGCGGGAACACCAGGCGUGAAGAAGUCGAUAUCAAUGAGUCUGAUCCCUCAACCCCAGCCGACCAAAUCUCUUGCAAGAAUGGCAGCCAUGAGUCAACGCCUCAAACACACCUCAAGAGAUACCGUGAAACAAGCGAAGAAAAUGAAAACUGUUCGAAGGAAUUAUUCCUUACCAAUGUAUCCCAUGGCCUCCAAGUACUUGACUACUGAGAGUCGUGAGGAACUGAGCAGAACGGCGGCGUGUCGACGCACUCUCGAUCAAAUAAUUGAAAAAAUCGAAAGAAAUGAGAAAAACGAGGAACGCAAAGAGAUGCGAAAACGUUUCCGUGAGGAGAACAUGGUGUUGAAAAUGGCGAGGUUGAACAGCCAGAAACUGGACAGCCUCUUGCAGAAACGCAAAGAAUCUUUGAAGAAACAAAUCAUGAGAAAGCGAGCUUUGUUGGAGAAAGACAUGACUCAACAAAUUCACGGAGAACUGGCCUUGUUGAGGAAGAGACCCUGUGAUAGCAGUGAUGGCGAGGAAUAUCCGUAUGUUCCUCGGAAGAGAUUGAAGCAAGAGGGACCGUUGUAUUGCGUUUGUAAAACACCGUAUAAUGAUACUGAGUUCUACGUUGGUUGUGAUUUGUGUAAGAACUGGUUCCAUGGUCGCUGUGUUGGUAUCUCCUCGGAAGAUGCUGACGCUUUGAACGAAUAUGUCUGCAACGAAUGCAUUCAGAAACAAAAAACUGUCGAGGAAGAGGAACUUUACUGCCUCUGUAGACAACCAUACGAUGAAACCAAAUUCUACGUUGGGUGCGACAGAUGUCAAGGAUGGUUUCAUGGUAGCUGUGUUGGUAUAACACAGACCGAGGCUGACAAUAUUGAAAGUUAUAUAUGUCCAAAAUGUAAGAACAAUGCCGAUAACAAGGACCAGAGGCCGCUGACAGACAAGGACUAUGAGUCGUUGAAACGGAUAGUUCGUUCAUUACAGUGUCACAAAAUGGCGUGGCCAUUCCUGGAACCAGUUAGACCAGAAGAGGCUCCUGAUUAUUUCAACAUUAUCAAAGAACCAAUGGAUUUGUCAAAAAUCCAGGAUAACAUGCAGGCGAAGACGUACAAAAGACUUGUAUGUUUUGUAGCUGAUGUUUCAAAGAUUUUCAACAACUGUCGUCUUUAUAACCCCAAAGACUCUUCUUUCUAUCGCUGCGCUGAAGUUGUGGAGCGAUUUUUCGUGCAAAAACUGACUGCCUUCAAAGCUACAAAACGCUGAACAUCUAACAAAUUUGCCAUUCCAACUUAGAAUUGUAAAAUUUGUAAUGUUUUUCAUCCACAAAGCUCUUGUGUUGAAUUGAGUGGUCAGGAGACUCCGUCAAAAGAUGAAGAAUUUAUGUGAAGAUUAUUACGUUAUCUAUUUGAAAUUAACAUUAUCUAUGACAAACAGAAAAGCAAAGACUGAUAAAUAAAUGUGACUCGGC